AUGUCUAAACGCCCGAGACAUAUUGCCUGCCGCACCUGUCGCGAGCGGAAGAUCCGUUGCGAUGGACAGCAGCCAUGUUCUCGCUGUGCUGGACAGUCGCAGCCCUGUGUCUAUGCGACGCCGUCAAGCUCUGAGUCCGGCGCUUCCGAUCUCACAGCGCAGCUCCAGAUGAUGAAUGAUCGACUAAGGAGGGCUGAAGCCCAGCUGGCAAACCAAGGAUGCUGGGCCAUCACCGAGGAUCCCCUCUCUACACCAGGCAAUUUCUCCUAUAACAACUGGCCUGCCAAUACAAUCCAGAGCCCUAUUCCCCUGAGCCCUACGUCGUACAUGGCGCUCCCCAUAGACAUGGAGUCACCACAGCCAGACUGGACACUAGACGCCUUUACUGGUCUCCCUCCAGUAGCCCAGCCAUCCUCGGGCUCCUCGACAUCCUCAUCCUUCUCCCUUCCCCAUUCAAACUACGAGGAUCAUAUGCUGUCUCCACAAAAUACGCAAAAAUUACAAGAAGCCUUUUUUCAAUCAUACAGCCAUCUCUUCCCAAUGCUAGAUCAGUGGCGAAAUCUUGCCAACCCAGUGGUAAUCCAGUCGGAGCCAUGGAAAAGUAGCAUUUACUACGCUAUCUGCACUCACGGGGCGCUGGUCUCUGGUAAUCCCUCCCUUGAAGAAGCUUGCUACCACCGUGCCAGGAGAGAACUCGAGCUUUCAGAUAUGGGAGGGCCCGGAAGCCGAUUUUUCAGGAUUGAAACUCUUCAGGCUUCGUUAUUGAUAGCGCUAUACGAAUUCCGACGAUCAUACCUACCGAGAGCAUGGAUAUCCCAUGCUAGGUGUACAAGGCUAGUACAACUGUUAGGCCUUCAGAAACUCGAUCGAGCUGGUGCGCCCGAAGAAGACGAGCUGGAAUUAGAAGAAAGGAGGCUCACAUUCUGGGCGACUUAUCUCUUUGAUUGCUUGAUCAAUAUAUCAUUUGGCGGCUCCUUGGCCUUCUCAGAACGCGAGAUCUCGACUCGACUUCCAAGGUACAUCCAUUCGAGCACCGAGAUGCUAGCUCAACAACAACCAUUCACUCUUAAUCAUGUUUUACAGUCCCCCGACUUGUCCCCUAUGACACCCUAUACGGCCACCAUUAUGCUUGUUACGACAUGGGCCAAAACUCUUAAACAUGCCCGAGAGUCCGAAGGCUACGAGCUUGAUGACCAAAGCAGGCAUCAAUUUUGGGCCAGCCACCAAGCUCUUGAUAGCACUCUAAAUAGGGUCGAGUCCUGUCUUGGAGACCUGGGGCGGUUUGCACUCCUCGCUGAUCCAACAAUUUACUUUCUCAACGCCGCCAGACACGCAGCAGCAAUUUCACUAUAUCAAACCGCCAUCACUUCAGCUGUACAGGCUCGACUACCCAUCGCCCUGAUUGAAUCGUGGCAAGCAAGAUGCCAAAAUUCAGCGAUGGAGAUAAUAACACUCUCUGGAGUAAUGCUCGAGACCAAUUUACUGCAUAAUAUUGAGCAUUUUAAUCCUUUUAUUCUUUUAUCCAUAUAUACUUCUUGUGCAUAUCUUGCUCGUGUUAUUAGGACAGGAACUCCCGAUUCCAGGAUCCUAGACCCGAUCGAAACAACCCUUCGGACUUUUAAUCAAGCACAAAUGAAGGCUGCCAACCCAACCCUUGAUGCCUUCCUCCCGCGCAUCUUCAAGGAUAUUGAAGAGACCCGGGGAUUCCUAGAGCCAACGAUAGAUCCUUCACUCUGGCUACUGAAUCAAGGGGAAUAA